CUUUCUCAGACUGCCCCUCCUCUCUCUCUAUCUCUCGGCUCAAACCCCCUCCCUCCCCCAUUUCCAAUCCACAACCACCCUCGCUCUCCAGCUCAGCACUGUCCCCGAACAACACCCAACACCCAGCUACAACCACCCACCCACCCACCCACAACCCACCCACUCGCAAAUAUGGUCAAGCUCACUUCUAGCGACGGUCAGGACUUUGCUGUGCCCAAGGAGGUCGCGUGCCAAUCCGUCCUCAUCAAAAACAUGCUCGAGGACGUGGGUGAGGCCGACGACCAGCCUAUCCCGCUCCCAAACGUGUCUGGGCCCAUUCUUCAGAAAGUAAUCGAAUACGCCACACAUCACAAGGACGACCCUCCUGCACCUCCGGAAGAAGAGGCCAAACCCAAGUCUUCCGACGAUAUUGGUGAAUGGGAUAGGGAGUUUACAAACGUCGACCAGGGCACCUUGUUUGAGUUGAUCCUCGCUGCCAACUACCUCGACAUGAAAGGCCUGCUUGACUUGGGAUGUAAGACCGUCGCGAAUAUGAUCAAGGGAAAGUCUGUAGAGGAAAUCAGGAAAACCUUCAACAUCCAGAACGACUUUACACCCGAGGAGGAGGAGCAAAUCCGCAAGGAGAACGAGUGGUGCGAGGAUCGCUAGGUUCUCCCCCGAAAUCGCCCACUCUUGCCGCAUCUGUACAGUCCGAGAAAUCAAAAGAAAUGAAAAUUCCCUUGUUGUCCUUCAUAUCCCCUUUCGGGAGUGAACGAUCCUGAAAGGGGACGUUUCCCCGCCUUGCUUCGAACUUUGUGUUGUCCUCCCAUUCCUUGAACUUUCGGCGCUGGUCUGCAGGAAGUGCGGGAGAGGUUAUCUUGUUGUUGCUGUUUUAUCUUUGGCCCUCGCCCCGUUACCGGAAUGGAACGGAGUAGGGCUGGAAAUAUAUAUAUCAUGCGAUUCUCUUCCUUCUCACUAUGGAGCAAAGUGCUGAAUAUCCUUGGCCCACGGCCCAGUCUACACUCAAUCCAUAAAAGCAUGAAACCCCGC